AAAAUAUAGCCACUGGGAAAAUUGUACUUACAAACUGAGAGGUCGGUCGGUCCAUGAUAAAAUUAAGAUGAAGAAACACAACAAAAAGUCGUCUUUUUUUGUAUCUUUCUACCUUUCGUUUUAAGAUUUGAUUGGUCUUGUGGGGAUCAAACUCACCAAUAGUCUUAAGAAAUGGAUAUGUUUGGGUUUUGAAUUGUAGUUUGUUGCAUCAAAGCUUCAAGCUGUGACAUUGAUCAAAAGCCAUGGAUUUCAUUCGAAAUGCUCAUCCGAAUUGUGUAUAUGCGGACAAUCCUUUCCAUGAAUGUGCUUCAGCUUGUUUAGAGAGAAUUGCUCAAGGCCAUGGCAAGAAGAACACUAAGAAGCAAGGUUCAAAGAUUCUUAGCUUCUCAGGGAGUUUCGGUAGGAAAAAAAAGGAAUCGCGUUCACAACCGCUUUCACCGCUAUCUGCAAGGCCUUAUCAAAAUGGUGGAGGCGGUUUUGCAAACGCUAAUUCCCCAAAGAUUCAUCAUUCAGUAGCUCCAGCUGUUGCCGUGAAGAACAAGACAGAGUCUUUCUCCUCUUCAUCAUCAGGUGACCCAGAUGAUUUCUUUAAGCAUAAACCGGAGAAGAAACUCUCUCAAAUCAGUCUUCUUUCCCCAAACAAUUUGCAUCUUAUGAAGGUCGAUCGAAGCAAAGCGGUUUCACCUAAACCGGGAAAACAAGAACAGAACGGGAAGAUUGAAGCAGGCGGCGAAACUACACUAUAUAGUUUCCUAAGCUCUCCAAGAUCGUCUGGAAAAGAGAGCAGUGAUUACUCUAAUGAUGAUGAUGAUGAUAAAAACAACAAUGAGAUUGGAGUAGAGCUCGAUCUUGAAUCAGUAAUGUCUGACACUUUCGUCUCUGUCGGUAAAUACAGAGUGAGAUCGGGAUCGUCCACAAUCCUAAGCGCUAUCCUCGAGAAACACGGAGACAUUGCUCAAAACUGUAAGCUGGAAUCGGACUCAAUGCGGUCACGUUACCUCGAGUGUCUAUGCUCACUGAUGCAGGAACUCAGGUCAACCCCUGUCGGGCAGUUGACAAAAGUCAAAGUCAAAGAGAUGCUCGCAGUUCUCAAAGACUUGGAGUCUGUGAACAUCGAAGUGGCUUGGCUACGUUCAAUUCUUGAGGAGUUUGCGAGGUGUCAGGAAGAUGUAGAGACUGAGAAAGAGCGGCAAGAGAGUUUAGUGAAGGCUAAGAGAGAAGAGCUUGAAGCUCAAGAAGCAGACUUGGUUCGGAAGGAGAAGGAAGUCGCCGAAGCGAGGUUGCGGAUUGAGGAGACGCGGGCCGUGAUGGUCGAGAUGGAGAAGGAAAGGUCAAGGAUGGAGAAAAUGGGAUUCAAAAUGGAGAAAUUUAAAGGGAAAUCGUUUAUAGAUGAGCUUCUGUGAGUUUUGUGUUGUGUGAUUGUGAUAUGUUGUUAAUAGUAAGUAGAGAAGCAUAAAGUCGAAAUACUCUCAAAUGAGUUUUUAAGUUAGGCUUUUUAAGUAUAUGGGAAAGCUGGUUUUAAUCACUAAGGGUGAAAUGUUUAUUUACUAGUAACGUGUAAUGGUGUUUGAGGUAAUUUUGUCGUUGCUGAUAAAUAUAUUUGGCUUUGUGAUGCAAA